AUGACCGAGCACCGCUCAUUGAGCCUCGCGAUCGUCGGCGGAGGCAUCGCGGGACUAACGCUAACCGUCGCCCUUCUCACCAAAUGCCCACACAUCAACAUCACGCUGUACGAGUCCGCAGAAGCCUUUGGCGAGAUAGGCGCAGGUGUCGGCUUCUCGCCAGUCAUGGUUCGCACAAUGGCUCUCAUCGAUCCACGCAUCGCGGAAGCAUUCGUCAAAUGUAGCAAAGGCAACACAGUCACCGACCCGCCGAACUGGUUUCACGUACGAGUAGGAGAUCAAAGAAAGAAGGAUGUCAAGCUAGGGGAAGAGAUCUUUGUGAUACCAGGGAGGAAGGGACCGGGAGGUGGCGUGCACAGGGCUCACUUCCUCGAUGAGUUGGUUAAGCUGGUACCGGAAGGAGUCGCACAGUUCAAGAAGAGGGUGCUCGAGAUCACUGAAGCAUGCGACGGCUCCGGCGAUGUGGUCUUGCAUUUUACCGACGGGUCUACUGCGCAGCACAGUGCGGUGCUUGGGUGCGACGGGAUUAAAAGUCGCGUGCGAUCUAUCGUCCUGGGCGACUCAGACGCAGUAAAGGCGUUGUUCUCGGGCAAGUAUGCGUAUCGGGGGCUGCUCCCCAUGUCGGAGGCGGUUGAGAUCUUGGGCAAUGAGACACCAAGAACGCCGCAGAUGUAUAUGGGCUACCAUGGGCACGUGCUUACGUUCCCCAUCGCUAAUGGAACGUUGUUCAAUGUCGUCGCCUUCUCAUCACGACCGACUUGGGAGGACUCGAAUUGGGUAGUCCAAACGUCCCGCGACGACAUGCUAGAGGACUACAAAGACUGGAUCCCCGCCGUGCGCAAAAUCAUGCAAAACAUCCGAAAGCCUGAUGUCUGGGCGCUCUUCAACCACCCACCUGCACCAACGUACUAUAGCGCUAAGCCACUAAUCUGCCUAGUGGGCGACGCGGCUCAUGCAUCGACACCGCAUCAAGGCGCCGGGGCAGGAAUGUGUAUCGAAGAUGUGUACGUCCUGAGCGAGUUGCUAUCGCAGUGUCAUGCGAAGACUACCCUCGAGACGGUAUUCCACGCAUACGACACGGUAAGAACGCCGCGCAGUCAAAAGCUGGUCAAAACGAGCAAGGAAGCCGGUAUGCUGUGGGACUUCGAAGGAGAAGGCGUCGGUGACGAUUUGGAAGCGCUGCGGAUCAAUGCGCAGACAAGGAUGGCGUGGAUUUGGGACCACGAGAUAUCGAAUGACUUGAACGAAGCAAGGCGUAUGAUGCAAGAGGGCGCGUCGAAGACUCCGUAG